CAGCACGUUACAGAAGCAGCCCUGCAGACGCACACACUGCUGGAUGAAACUCCAGGUCUACAGAAGGAUUCCCACCAACCAGUGGAUGAUGUCCUGCAGAGAGUCAAAGACCAACACAAAACCAGCAUGAAGAACAAGUAUGAGGGCUUAUCUGGGGGAAUCAAACAACACAAGCAUCAAACCCUCCUGAACAGGAUUUACACACAGCUAUACAUCAUAGAGGCAGAGAAUGGACUGAAUGAAGAACAUGAGGUUUUACACAUGGAGAAAACAUCCAGAACACAACACAUACACGACACUCCAAUCAAUUGCAAUGACAUCUUUGAUCCCUUACCUGAACCAGGGUGUAAGAAGCAAAGGAAACCGAAAAAAGACAAAAUCAGGACUGUUCUUACUAAAGGCAUCGCUGGAAUUGGAAAAACAGUCUCUGUGCAGAUGUUCAUUGUGGACUGGGCCGAGGGAAAAGCCAAUCAGGAUGUAGAUUUCAUAUUUGUUCUUCCAUCUCGAGAGUUAAACUUGAUUAAAGAUGACCAGUACUGUCUUCACAAACUUGUGCUUGACUUUCAUCCUGAACUUCAUGAUCUGGACUCAAAGAUUUAUGAUGAGGGUAAAGUUGUCUUCAUCUUUGAUGGUCUGGAUGAAAGCAGAAUUGCACUGAAGUUUUCAGACAGUGAGAAAGUUUCUGAUGUAACUAAGACUUCAUCAGUGGGUGUGUUGAUGUCAAACCUCAUCAAAGGAGAUCUGCUGCCCUCUGCUCUCAUCUGGAUCACCUCCAGACCAGCAGCAGCCAAUCAGAUCCCCUCCAAAUACAUCAAGCGUGUGACAGAAAUCCAGGGGUUCAAUGACCCUCAGAAAGAGGAAUAUUUCAGGAAGAGUAUCAGUGAUGAGCAUCAAGCCAGCAGAAUCAUCUCACACAUUAAAAGAUCAAGAAGCCUCCACAUCAUGUGCCACAUACCAGUCUUCUGUUGGAUCUCAGCCACUGUGCUUCAAAACAUCCUGAAACAAGAUAACAGUAAAGAGAUCCCUAAAACUCUGACUGAAAUGUACAUACACUUCCUGCUCAUCCAGAUUAAUAUGUGGAAUCAGAAGAAUGAUAAGAAAGAUGAGAGAGGUCCAAAGAAACUCCUGCAGUCCAACAGAGACUUGAUUAUGAAACUUUCUGAACUGGCAUACAGACAACUGAUUAAGGGCAAUGUCAUGUUCUAUGAAGAGGAUCUGAGAGAGAGCGGCAUAGAUGCCACUGACACCUCAGUGUAUUCUGGGAUUUGCACUGAGAUCUUUAAGGAGGAAUCUGUGAUUCAUCAGAGGAAAGUCUACUGCUUCAUACAUCUGAGCUUUCAGGAGUUUCUAGCUGCUUUCUUUGUGUUGUACUCACAUGUAAUGGAGAACGUGGAAUCACUGAAGUUGAUUUUGUGGUACAGUUCUAAGAAAAGCUCUCUGUUCAGGCUACUAAAAUCAGCAGUUAUUAAAUCCUUGCAGAGCGAAAACGGACAUCUGGAUCUUUUUCUUCGUUUUCUGCUGGGCAUCUCACUGGAGUCCAAUCAGAGUCUCUUACAUGAUCUACUGACACGCACAAAGAACAGCUCAAAGUGCAUCAAGAGCACAACAGAGCACAUUAAACACAAAAUCAAGGGUGGUGAACAUCUUUCAGCUGACAGAUUUAUCAAUCUCUUUCUCUGUCUGCUGGAAAUGAAUGAUCAGACUCUGUACAGAGAGAUUCAGGAGUAUGUGAAAUCAGACAAACACUCAGAGAAUUAUCUCUCACCAGGUCACUGUUCAGCAAUAGCGUACAUGCUUCAGAUAUCAGAGAAGGUGCUGGAUGAGUUUGAUCUCAGGAAAUACAACACAUCAGAUGAGGGUAGAAGGAGACUCAUACCAGCUGUGAUGAACAGUAGAAAAGCUCUACUUACUGGCUUUAAUCUCACGGAUCAGUUCUGUGAAAGUUUGGCUUCAGCUCUACAAUCAUCAAACUCCCUGCAAGAGCUGUACCUGAGUAACAUGCAGGAUUCAGGAGUAAAUCUGCUCUCUGAUGGACUGAAGAGUCCAAAAUGUCAACUGAACAUACUGAGAUUUACACUCUGUAAUCUCACUGAUCAGUGCUGUGAAAGUUUGGCUUCAGUUCUUCAAUCACCAAACUCCCUGAGAGAGCUGAACCUGAGUAACAAUAACCUACAGGAUUCAGGAGUGAAACUGCUGUCUGAUGCACUGAAAAGUCCAAACUGUCAACUGAAGAUAUUAAAAUUAUCUGGCUGUAUGGUGACAGAGGAAGGCUGUUGUUAUGUGGCUUCAGCUCUUACUUCAAACCCUUCAAACAUGAUAGAGCUGGAUCUCAGCUACAAUCACCUAGGAGAAUUAGGAGUCAUGCUGCUCUCUGAGAGACUCAAUGAUCCAAACUGCACACUGGACAAACUCAAUGUUGAUCAUGGAGGAGAGAUAAGGAUUAAAGCAGGACCACAGAAAUAUUCCUGUGAUCUCACACUGGAUCCAAACACAGCACAUACACGUCUCUCUCUGUCUAAAGAAAACAGGAAGGUGACAUGUGUGGAAGAGCAGCAGUCAUAUCCUGAUCAUCCAGAAAGAUUUGAAAAGUGUCAUCAGGUUAUGUGUGGAGAGAGUCUGGCUGGAUACUGUUAUUGGGAGGCUGAAUGGAGUGGAGUAGUUGAUAUAUCAGUAACAUAUAAAGGAAUCAACAGGAAAGGCAGAGGCAGUGUGUUUGGAUACAAUGACCUGUCCUGGACUCUGAACUGCUCUGAUAACAGGUUCACUGCCAGACACAAUAGUAAGGAAACUGUCAUCCGUGCCCCUUUACCCCUUUCUAACAGAGUAGCAGUGUAUCUGAACUGGUCAGCCGGCACUCUGUCCUUUCACAGCGUCUCUGACACACACACACUCACACACUUACACACAUUCAACACCACAUUCACUGAACCCCUCUAUGCUGGAUUUAGAGUUGAAUAUAAUUUUUCCUCCAUGUCUUUGAGAUAAAACAGUCAUACUGAUGCCUGAUUUGUGACUAAAUCAUUCUAUUGAGCUGGUUCUUGUCAGUGAAUCAGUGGAACAGGUUCACAAAUCGGUCAGAAUAUGAAUGAUCUUUAAAAAUCCUCAUCCAAUAAUUACAAACAACUGGAAAGAGGUGUGAAUGCUGUUUUUCUCUCUUGAUUACAGCUGUGAGAUCUUCCUUCGUCUUCUGAUCUUUGUUGUUUUACAUGUACAGUACUGUGUAAAAGGUUUAGUCAGUUUUAAUGGUUGUUCUUGGUACAAUUUAAGAAAUCUUAAACAUGCUUAACUUUAUGUAGAUCUGUGCAUUUUUACAUGUUUUAAAGUUUUAAUUAUUAUUAUUGUUUGAGGUGCAGCACUUUGUGUCAACUUCUGUUGCUUUUAAACUUUGAUUUGACUUGAAUUAACAAAUAAUAUUUGUUGUGACUCUUCUAUGCCUUUAGAACAGUUCUCCUAGAAAUGCCGUUUUCAUGCAGCGAUUAUUAUCGAUACACAGAAUAUCAGGAGUUUUCAGAUAUAAACAGGGCUGCUCAGUGGUAUAGCCAUCAGUGGUAUAUCUAUUGUGUAUACAUAUCUUUUCUAGAGCAUACACAAUGUAUUUUUAGUCACAGUUUGUCUUUUUGUGGUUUGACAGCUUGAAUGAAAUACCAGUGGUACAUACUGGGAAACUGCAUUAUAAAUGUCAAUAUUUCUAAUAUAUCAGUUUGCACAGUUAUACCAGUGUCAUACACUCACCUGCAAGCUCAUCAAUGUCACUUUGUUAAUUCUUGAAGAGGUACAAAAUCCUUUGUAACUCUGGACUGCCAUCAGCUCCUAAUGUCUGAUAUCUGCCUUGUCCAUACUGUGACCGGCUUGAGUGAAUGUUAUGUCGCCCUCUUGUGGUUUCCCAAAGCUAUUACAUCAGAUUACAUUGAAUGGAAUUCAACAGGCAGUGAAUUGAAAACAAAAAUCUAUAUAUUGAUAUUUAUAUUUUAAGUAUAUUUUAUAUACACCUUUGCCAAAUACAUUUAAACUCAGUUUUUCAAACUUCCUGACAUUUAAUCGUAGAAAACAUUCCCUGUCUUAGGUCAGUUAGGAUCACUAUUUUAUUUUAAGAAUGUGAAAUGUCAGAAUAAUAGUGGAGAGAAUUAUUUAUUUCAGCUUUUAUAUCUUUCAUCACAUUCCCAGUGGGUCAGAAGUUUACAUUGUUAGUAUUUGGUAGUAUUGCCUUUAAAAUGUUUAACUUGGGUCAAAUGUUUUGUAGACUUCCACAAUCUUCUCACAAUAAGUUGCUGGAAUUUUGGCCCAUUCAGACAGAACUGGAGUCAGGUUUGUUGGCUUACUAGCUCGCACACAAUGUUUCAGCUUUGCCCACAAAUGUUCUUUCACAUUGGGGUCAGGGCAUUGUGAUGGCAUUGGAUGUUCCAAUGCCUUGACGUUGUUGUCUUUAAGCCAUUUUGCCACAACUUAGGAGGUAUGCUUGGGGUCACUGUCCAUUUGGAAGACCCAUUUCGAUGAGCUUUAACUUCCUGGCUGAUGUCUUGAGAUGUUGCUUCAAUAUAUCCACAUAAUUUUCCUUCCUCAUGAUGCCAUCUAUAUUGUGAAGUGCACCAGUCCCUCCUGCAGCAAAGCACCCCCACAACAUGAUGCUGCCACCCCCAUGCUUCAUGGUUGGGAUGGUGUUCUUCGUUUUGCAAGCACAUAAAGAUGGCCAUUAUGGCCAAACAGUUACAUUUUUGUUUCAUCAGACCAGAGGACAUUUCACAAAAAAGUAAGAUCUUUAUCCCCAUGUGCACUUGCAAACUGCAGUCUUGCUUUUAUGGCAAUUUUGGAGCAGUGGCUUCUUCCUUCCUGAGCAGUCUUUCAGGUUAUGUCGAUAUAGGACUCAUUUUACUGUGGAUAUAGAUACUUGUCUACCUACAUUUACAUUUACAUUUAUUCAUUUGGCAGACGCUUUUAUCCAAAGCGACUUACAAAAGAGGAGAAACAUCAGUGAAUCAUCUUAGGGAGACAGUGGUACAAAAAGUGUACAAAAAUCAUCAGAAUAGUAUACAAAAUAGAUUUAAGUGCAACAAGAAAUGUAAAUAAUUAUUUUUAUUUUUUUUUAUUUUAUUUUUUAGUGACCGGUUAAGUGCUCUUGGAAAAGAUGUGUUUUUAGCCGUUUUUUGAAGAUAGAGAGUGAGUCAGCUUCCCGGAUUGAGUUGGGAAGGUCAUUCCACCACCGUGGUAUGAUGAAACUGAAAGUCCGGGAAAGUGUUUUGGUGCCUCUUUGUUUUGGUACGACAAGGCGACGUUCCUUAGCCGACCGCAGGCUUCUGGUGGGAACGUAGCUCUGUCUACCUGUUUCCUCCAGAAUCUUCACAAGAACCUUUGCUGUUGUUCUGGGAUUGAUUUGCACUUUUUGCACCAAACUAAAUUCGUCUCUAAGAGACAGAAUGUGUCUCCUUCCUGAAAGGUAUCAUGGCUGCAUGAUCCCAUGGUGUUUAUUCUUGUGUACUGUUGUUUGUAGAUGAAUGUGGUAACUUUAGGAAUUUGGAAAUUGCUCCCAAUGACGAACCAGACUUGUGGAGGUCCACAGUUUAUUUUCUGAUGUUUUGGCUGAUUUCUUUUGAUUUUCCCAUGAUGUCAAGCAAAGAGGCACUGAGUUUGAAGGUAGGCCUUAAAAUACAUCCACAGGUACCUAUCAGAAGCUAAUUGGCUAAUUGCCUAAAGGCUUGACAUCACUUUCUGGAAUUUUCAAAGCUUCUUAAAGGCACAGGUAACUUAGUGUAUAUAAACAUUUGACCCACUGGAAUUGUGAUACAGUCAAUUAAAAGUGAAACAAUCUGUCUGUAAACAAUUGUUGGAAAGAUUACUCGUGUCAUACACAAUGUAGAUGUCUUAAACUAUAGUUUGCUAAUAUGAAAUCUGUGGAGUGGUUAAAAAUAGGUAUUAAUGACUUCAACCUAAGUAUAUGUAAACUUCUGACUUCAACUAUAUAUAUGUAUUUUUUUUUUACAUAAUAUGUUGAAGCUCCUGCACUGACACAUCAUCACCAGCAGAUGGCAGUCAUGCAUUUGACGUCUAUGAGAUUCAGUUUAUGGCUUUCUCUUGAACUGACUUAAAAGCACACAUGAUUCACCCAGGAUGUGCUGAUAUAUUGUGAAAAUAAAAAGAUAAGAAGAAUGUUAAAGCAGAAUAAACAUUAUUCUUGAAUAA